AUCCUAUUAUGUAUAAUGGAGUCAUCCACUGCCUUCGACCUCGUUUUCAUACCGGAAAGUAAGCGACAGAUGAAAAGAUGGCGGGAGACAUACAUCUUUGUAAGUGGCGUACUUGAAGCGAUCCAGAGAAACAUUCAGAAUGUAGGAAGACAGAUAGGUCAAGAAAAUCCCGAUAUUUUCAUGCUUGAAGGACUUCUGAGGCAUUCGUUGGAAAAUCUUAACCGGAUUUCCACUUCAACGAACCAGUUCGCCGAAGUCAGAGCAGCGGUACAAGAUUUGAUGCAGGUGGUCAACAACGCUGCGUCGGCACCUACUACGUCUGGAUCGGAUGUAACGGACUCAGAUGUUCAAGGAUCUCUUCAGGAUGAGGCAGCAAAAGGAAAAGGCCGUCCAGCUUUUGGGAUCACUGUGGACUUGAUACAAACACAGUUGAAGAUGGGCUUCACUGCUAGAUCCAUUGCAGCUCAACUCAAAUGCAGCCCCUCCCUUAUCUACAAGACACUAAAAUCUGCAAUCCUGUCUGUAAGCAGUGUUAAAUAUAUAACUAUCAGUGAUACUGAUCUUGAUGCUGCUGUUCAAGACCUUCAUCAGACUCACCCAAAUGCAGGAAAUGAGAUGAUGAGCGGGUACCUCAGAGGUCAAGGACUUCAAAUACAAAGGCAUAGGGUCCGCAAGACACUGAACAAGAUUGAUCCUGAGGCUGCCGCCCAGAGAUGGAGUCGUGCCAUAGUGAGGCGUGUUUACAAGGUGCCAGUACCAAACAGUCUGUGGCAUAUGGAUGGACACAUGCGUCUAAUUCGAUGGGGAACUGUGACGCAUGGCUGUAUAGAUGGCUAUUCUCGCCUGAUUACUUUCUUGAAAUGUGGAGUGGACAAUACCUCUAAAACUGUGCUGGACUUGUUCAUUAGCGCCGUACUGAAAUAUGGACUACCAGCAAGAGUGAGAAGUGACCAUGGUGGGGAAAAUAUACAGGUGGCGCUGUUUAUGAACUUGGUUCGUGAUUCAACAACAAGCCACUUGACAGGAAGGUCAGUACACAACCAGCGGAUAGAGUGCCUGUGGAGAGACGUGCAGGAACAAGUUGGAGAUGUCUUCUACCAAAUGUUUUAUGAUAUGGAAGACCAAGGAAUCCUUGAUGUUUCUGAAUGACCAUCACAUUUGUGCAUUGCAGAUGGUGUAUAUUCCAGAAAUAAACAAAAGACUGGAGGCAUUCAUAAAUGGAUGGAACAAUCACAGGAUACGUACAGAAUCAAACCGAACACCAGAACAAAUAUGGUCAGAGGGAAUGUUGAUGGGGGAUGCCCAUAUAAGGCACAUAGAAAUCGGCAAUGACAAUCUAAAGGGAAAGCUUGAAGCUUUUGGAUUAAGUUUCUCAGAUGUUGAGUUAAGCGACAGUGACCGGGUCAUUCAGCGAAGAGGUCAUGUGAUGACUCCACAGAUCAUGCAACAAGUUAUGGAAGAAACCUCAAGAGCUUCUAGUUUAGAAGAGAAAUACAGACUUUGUGUUGAUGCUGUUAAUAGAUUUGCAUCAUGACUCUUACAAACUUAAGGAAUGACAUGCUGUUUUGUGAAUUUUGAAAUUUCCAGUGUUUAAGUUAUAUAUUUGAACUGUGCAUAUGUACAGCUAUAUUGUUUUUAGCUCACAGGUUUAAAUAAUACGACUAUGAGUGAUGUUAUAUGGCAAAAUCGCAUUUUACCUUUUUGUGAACUUUACUUUUUUGGCACCAAAAUCCACUUUUAAGUUUUGUGGGCAAGUUUUUGGAAAGCUUGCAUUUUUUUUGUAAGACCAAAAGUAUAUAUCUCAUGUCCUUCUUAUUUGGUUUAUACAUUCAUUAGAGGUCCAAGAGUGAUGUUAUGGCAAAAUGAUACAGAAAAGAGAAAUGUGAUUUCUUCGCAUUUUAACAUUUUGUGGACUCUACUUUUUUGACACCUCAACCCACUUUAAUGUUUUUGGGGCAAGUUUUUGGAAAGCUUGUAAGUCCAAAAGUAUAUAUCUCGUGUCCUUCUUAUUUGGUUUAAACAUUAAUUAGAGGUCUAUGAGUUAUGUCAUGGCAAAAUCAUGCAGAAAAAAAUUGUGAUAUUUUCGCAUUUUACCAUUUUGUGGACUUUUUUGGCACCAAAACUCACUUUAAAGAUUUUGGUGGUUAGUUUUAGAAAGCUUGUAAGUCCACAAUCUUCUUAUUUGGUUUAUACAUCCAUUAGAGGUCUAGGAGCGAUAUUAUGUAACAUACAAUUUCAAAAUGACAUGCUUAUACAUACAUAAAUAAUGAAUGCAUAGUGUGAUUGCUGCCGCCAGGGAGCUUUCGCAAUCAUUGAUUGCACUUGUUGUGCAUAUGAACUCAAUAAGUAUUAUAACAAAUGUUACAAUUGCAACAUGACCAGUUUCCAUUGAUGCUUAAUGUACAUGUACGUGAUUUGUUAUAAAAUUUGGGUCUGACUGCGAGCUGUAGUACAUCAGAAAUUUAAGCUAAACGUCUUUGAAUUCUUGAAUUGUUUGUAGUUGUACAUGUGUUCCUAAUUUAGUGAUAAGUGAUAUGUUGUCUAGUACAAUUAUCCAUAAUUAAAUAUCAUUAUGCUUACUG